CCGGCAGCAACCCAAGACCAGGCAGGACUGAGCACAGGGUUCCCUGUCCACAGAGCUGUCGCGGCGUGGGAGGAAAUGAGCAUUUCCCCGCAGCACAAGCCUCUGGGCAAGCAGGUCACCAGCAGCCUGCAAAUGGUGAGUGAACAUGUGACUAGUGGCGCUGAUCCUUGCGUGACCCAAUCCAAGAAAGAGCAGCUGUCGCCAAUAGUGGAGUUAAACGUCGGCGGGGAGAUGUACACAACGACGCUGAGCACCUUAAAGAAACACCCCAAAUCCAAACUCGCCGAGAUGUUCACUGGGCAGCCCAAACUGAGGACUGACUCCGAAGGGAGGUUCUUCAUUGACAGACCAGGGACCUAUUUCAAAUACAUCCUGGAGUACCUGCGUAGUAACCAAGUGCCCACGCAGUGCAUCCAGGACGUGUACAGGGAAGCCUUGUUCUACGACAUCGAGCCCCUCAUCAAGCAGCUGGAGGACUCCCCACAGAUCUUCGGGGAGCUGGUGGCGAGGAAGCAAUUCCUGGCCCGGGUGCCCAGUUACAGCGAGAACAUUGAGCUGAUGAUCCGCAUUGCCAGGGCGGAGGCGGUGGCGUCGCGACGCUCCAGUGUCAUCGUGUGCGUGGUCAGAACGGAGGAGGACGCAGCCAAGUGCCAGGACGCCUUGAACAGCUUGGACAUGGACAAAAAGUCCGUGGUGAAAUUUGGUCCCUGGAAGGCGAGCCCGAGUAUUUCGGACCUGCUGGACUGCAUUCAAAUGGACGUGGAGGCCAAAGGGUACAAAAUAUCCUUUCAGCCCCAUGUUGCCGAAAAAGGGUUUCGCUUCAAGUCCUAUGACUUCUUCUACAAGUUCCUGUUCACCUGGUGGUAGCCAAGGGCCACCA